CUCGCUGUCUGUCAAACUGUCAAGAAAUGUCACUGCACUACAAUAAGAUGGCGAUUUGUUUACAUUUUAUAAUUGUGAUUUUGUUGUGUAUUUGAGUUUUCUUUGUUAUUGUUACUAAGUUACAAUAUCUUACUUAAGAGCAUUCAAGAGGUGUGUAUCUCUAAGAUGGCUCGACAUUAAGUAAACCAUUCAUAAGAUGGAAAUAUACCGAACUUCAAUUGCUAUUAAUUCAAGAAGUGGAUAUAUAAAAGCAAAAUCAUCUGUAAGUCACCUUACAAAUUCCGGUUUUAGUGGGGAGCUUGGUUUGGAAGAGUUUGGAGAUUCAAGUUCUAGUUCAGACAUGUCAAGUCAAAAUUAUUCAAAACUGUUCUUUGAAAAUGAAAACCUGGACCAUGAUUUGCCCAGGAAAUAUGAGGACAAAUAUCCUGAUGCAUCAAGGCUGCUCAGGUCCAAAGUUAUUGAAGAGGAGGAGGACAGAUAUCAUCUAAAACAUUCUGAUGAAGCUGCUCCAAUGAUUAUGAAGACUAUCAUGGUUGGAGGGGAUUACCAAGCAGUUAUUCCAGAAGGGUUGUCUAAUUAUGGAGAUGCCUUACCUUAUGAAAACGAUGACAAAUUGUUAUGGGAUCCAGAACCAUUAGAUUCAGAAGCCAUUGAUGACUAUCUUAAGCAAGCUAACUCCCUGUGUAAGGGUUCUCUUCCAAAUGGAAAGCAUGUACGAGAUAACGAACCAGCUCUUCACUUGCUCCAACAGUGUGGACACAAUGUUGAAGAAGCUUUAAGGAGACUUCAAAUUAACAAGCAUCUGUAUGAGGAUGACAAUAUGCAAAUUUGGUCAGAAGAAGAAUGUAGAAACUUUGAAGCUGGCAUAAGGCUUUUUGGCAAAAACUUUUGGAUGACACAACAAAAUAAAGUAAGGACUCGAUCAGUGGGAGAAUUGGUGCAAUUCUAUUAUCUAUGGAAGAAAAGUGAGAGACAUGAUAUGUUUGCUAAUAAAAUAAGAUUGGAAAAGAAAAAAUAUGUGUUGCACCCUGGUGUGACUGAUUUUAUGGACAGAUUUUUGGAAGAUUCAAGUGAUUUCCGAGAUAGGAGUUCAUCUCCUAAUGUUGUCAAUAUGUAAGCAAUUAUUUUUUAAAACUCUAAUUAUAAUGUUACUAUAAUAGCUUUAAAGGAACGUUUUAAAUAUUAGUUAUAAUAGAUCGAUUUAUAUUUUAUAUUGUAUCAAAACUUUGGACUUUAUAUAUGCCUGCUAUGUAUUAUGUUUUACAUCUAAUAAAAUAUAUAUAUAGAGUU